CCCAUUUAUUGGAUCAAGCCAUUCUAAAAGCUUGGAUUUGUUGUGAUUUUGCUUUCCAUACCAUAGAAAAUCCUUUUAUAAUUGAUUUAUUUCAAAUUGCUGCACCUGGGUAUAAUUUACCAUCCAGAGAAAAAUUAUCUGGAUUUCUUUUGGAGUCAGAAGCUGCAUGGGUAGAACAAAAAGUUGAGUUUGAGCUUGAUAAUGAAGAAAAUCUUACAUUGAGUCUUGAUGGAUGGACUUCUCCCACCCAUGACUCAAUAUAUAAUUAUGUAGUAACUACACCCAAACGUAAAGAAUAUUUAAUUAAAUUAAAAAUUUAUAACACAGUCAGUCAAACCGGUGAGUUCAUGGCAAAUGAAAUUUCAAGGGUAAUUGAAAAGAUUGGAUUACAUAAAUUUGCUGCAGUGGUGACGGAUUCUGGAUCAAAUCUAAGAGUAGCAAGAAGAAUAAUAAAUGAAUCAUAUUCACAUGUUUUGAGUUUUCAAUGUGCUGCACAUGCAGCAAAUUUAAUAGCUUCAGAUUUUUGUGAAUUGGAGUCAAUUAAACCAAUUAUUUCAAAUUGUUCUGUGAUUUUAAAAUUUUUUCAAUCAUCUCAUAUUGCACAUGGUUAUUAUCAAGAACAGUUAAAGGCAAUGAAAAUCAAAGGUGGUGAAAUUAAAUCUUAUACGAAAACUAGAUGGGGAUCUUUUUGCAUGACAGUGGAUUCAAUAAUAAGAUCAAAACCUGUUUUUGAUUGG